AUGUCUAUUUACUUUGAGAAUAUAUCCAAGGAAAUUGAUGAAAGCAAUUUACAGUCGUGGAUUGAUUAUCAAUACCAUUGUAUAGAUGAUACAACGAACAAGUCUAUGUUCGAAUCGUACAAUCGAAUUAACGUUCCAGUAAACUUGAUCAAACAUCGUACUUUGGUGGAGUUUGAACCGAAUACAGAAACGUGUUACAUUAAAGAUUCAGAAGAAACAUGUCUAUCUGCAUCUAAACCGAAUAUGACAUGUUAUUGGUGUUCAAAAGCUAAUACAUGUACCAAUGGUAAUGAUACACAUAUUGAUCGUUGGAUGGAAAAAGAUUGUCAUGCCACUAAAUCAUCUGCUUACUUAUAUGCAUUGAUACCAUUAGUUAUAUGUUUCCUGAUUGUAUGUGUUGGAUUUGUCAUAUGGUUUAAAUUAUCUAAAGGAAAGUAA